AUGGAAGCAGUGGGGCCUGGGAUCGAGCCUGCAACCGAGAUCUUCGACCCCCCUGAGGAGUUGGAGCGGAAGGUGUGGGAGCUGGCACAGCUGGUUUGGCAGUCCUCCCAUGUGGUGUUCCACACGGGCGCUGGCAUCAGUACCGCCUCGGGCAUCCCCGACUUCAGAGGCCCCCAUGGCGUCUGGACGAUGGAGGAGCGAGGCCUGGCUCCCAAGUUCGACACCACCUUCGAGAGCGCACGGCCCACACAGACGCACAUGGCGCUAGUGCAGCUGGAGCGCGUGGGCCUUCUCCGCUUCCUGGUCAGCCAGAACGUGGAUGGGCUGCACGUGCGCUCUGGCUUUCCUAGGGACAAGCUGGCAGAGCUUCAUGGGAACAUGUUUGUAGAAGAAUGUGUCAAGUGUAAGACGCAAUAUGUCCGGGACACUGUGGUGGGCACCAUGGGCCUCAAAGCCACUGGCCGGCUCUGCACCAUGGCCAAGGCAAGGGGCCUGCGGGCCUGCAGGGGGGAGCUGAGAGACACCAUCCUGGACUGGGAGGAUGCUCUGCCCGAACGGGACCUCACUCUUGCUGAUGAAGCCAGCAGGAUCGCGGACCUGUCUGUCACACUAGGCACCUCCCUCCAAAUCCGGCCCAGCGGGAACCUGCCGCUGGCCACCAAGCGCCGCGGAGGCAGGCUGGUCAUCGUCAACCUCCAGCCCACCAAGCACGACCGCCAGGCUGACCUCCGCAUCCACGGCUACGUAGACGAGGUCAUGACCCGGCUCAUGAAACACCUGGGCCUGGAGAUCCCCGCCUGGGACGGGCCCCGCGUGGUGGAGAGGGCGCUGACGCCCCUGCCCCGCCCGCAGAGCCCACAACCGAACCCCCCGCUCAGCACAAUGGUUCCGGGCCCGUCGGCCCCAAGAGGGAGCAGCUGGACAGUCCUGCCCCCCGCAGGACCCCUAAAAGGGUGAAGACCGAGCUGCUUCCCAGCUGACCCGGGGGCCCGGGCGGGCGGACUUUUUGUAGAAACCGUGUUUGUCUUUUUCUUACCGGCUCACUUUGUGACUUGCCUCUGUCCUGGGGCAGGAGAUCUCAGGGCAGUGAGAGCUGUGCUGCAGGCCCAGGGCAAACUCCCCUCCACUGGGGCUUCCUUUAGCUCCAGGGGCCUGGGGAGGAGCCACCCUGCCCUGGACCCUGACCUUGGAGCUGACACCGCAGUACCUUCUCUGCUCCAGCCCACGACUCAGGCGCAGGACGUUUUCUGGGGGAGGUGUGGCCACGCCCUCCCUCAGUUUCCAGCCUAAACAGAAAUUAACUCCCUCUGCUCCCUGGGCCCUCACACCCCCAACCCCUGCCUCCCCCAAACGGCCUUCACAGUCCCUCCAGAGGGGGAGGGGCAUACCCUCCAUUUCAGAGCCAAACUUCCUGGUGGGACAGGCAGUAGAGUGUGGCACUGCCUUGGACUGAAGGGAGAAAGGGGCCCACCCGGCUCCCUCCAGGCUUCCAGAAAAGUCUUCAGUGCAAUAAAAGCAUUAUUUCUUGCA